AUUAUCGCAUCGUUAUGGCCGCUGACAGUAGACGCUAAGGCAGAGGCAGCAGAACAAACCCUGUGGCGGAAGAUACCGUUGGAAACGCAGCAACCAUACGUCUCCCUGAUCGAUGCCUCCUGAUGAGAAUCGCAACAAGAAAUGCCAGUAGAGAGACUGGAGAUCAGUCCAAAGCCAUAUACAAUCUUGUCUCCUACCCCAGUCUCACUCUAUCUCUACCCUCCUCCUCCUCCUCUGCCAAUUCCCCAUCGUCGUCUUGUCUUGUGUAUCCUUUUCGUCCUGUCCUCUGCCCCUUCUCCGGGUUAACUCUUCAUCCUCACCAAGAAAAAAGAAAUCGAUCGUCAUCGUCCUCGUUCCUGCCGUCGUUCUUUCCUCGCCAUUACCGGCGUAUAAAAGCACCAACUCUCGGCCAGCCUGAUCACACAACGAACAGUCGGCCACAAAGCAGGAGUCCCUAUUUGUCUAUCUGUCUGUCUGACUGCCUGCCGCUCUCGUCAUCGUCGCCGGGCAUGGGCCUGUUCAGCUCGCCGCCGAAGGUGUACAAGCCGGCCGCCGACGUGGACCUCGGCGCCGGCAGCGACGAGUUCUACAUCAGCCCCAAUGUCAAAGCUCCUCGGGUCGCCGGGCUCCUGGUGAAGAUCUUCGUGUGGAUCCUGGAGAUGCCCAUCGUCGGCCCGAUCGUCCUCUACAUCCUCAAGAAGGACAACCUCAUCAACAAGCUGGUCUCUGACGCCGACAUCCCGGAGCCGCCGCUGUUCACGGCAACGCACAGCUGGGAAGACAUCCCGGAGCAGAACGUGCGGCUGACGAAGCCGGACCUGUCGGCGGCGGAGCGGGUGCAGGAGGCCGUCGGCUGCCUCCCGGCGCGGCUGGAAGCCACGCUGGCCGCCGACGCGCCGUCGGUGGGGCUCAGGCGCUGGACCGUCCGGGACUUCCACGACGCGUACAGGUCCGGCGAGACGACGCCCGUGCAGGUGGCCACGAGGUUCCUCGCGGCGGUGAGGGAGAGCUCGAGCUCGGCGGGACCUGCUGGGAUGAACAUGGCUUUCUUCAUCAGCUGCGACCACGACGACGUCAUGCGGCAGGCCGAGGAAUCCACCCUCCGGUACCAGAGAGGGGCGCCGCUGUCGGCGCUGGACGGCGUGCUGGUGGGCGUGAAGGACGAGAUCGACUGCGUGCCGUACCCGACCACCGGCGGCACGCGGUGGCUGGGCGCGGCGCGGCGCUGCGAGGCGGACGCGGCGUGCGUGGCGCAGCUGCGGGCCUGCGGCGCCGUCCUCGCCGGCAAGGCCAACAUGCACGAGCUCGGCGCCGGCACCAGCGGCAUCAACCCGCACCACGGGUCGACGAGGAACCCGUACAACGCCAGCAAGGUCGCCGGCGGCUCCUCCAGCGGCUCCGCCGCCGUCGUCUGCGCCGGCCUCUGCCCCGUCGCGCUCGGCGUCGACGGAGGCGGCUCCGUCCGGAUGCCGGCGGCGCUGUGCGGCGUGGUCGGGUUCAAGCCCACCGCCGGGCGCCUCUCCAACGCCGGCGUCCUCCCGCUCAACUGGACCGUCGGGAUGCCGGGCAUCCUGGCCGGGACCGUCGAGGACGCCCUCAUCGCCUACUCGGCGAUCGUCGAUCAGUCCCAGCCAUCCUACUUGCGGCCGGAACUGAAUCUUCCUCAGCUCAGCUCCACGCCCUCCAUCGGCAACAUCAAGCUCGCCAAAUACGGAAAGUGGUUCAAUGACAGCGCUGAGGACAUCAGGAGCUGCUGCGACAAGGCUCUGCAGGCGCUGCACGCGCACUACGGCUGGCAGACGGUGGACGUGACGAUCCCGGAGAUCGAGGAGAUGCGGCUGGCGCACUAUGUCACCAUCGGCUCCGAGUGCACCACGUCGCUCGCCAAAUACCUCGACAACCUGAAGAGGUCUGAGAUCGGGUGGGACGCGAGGGUGGCGCUCAGCGUCUACGGCUCCUUCAGCAGCAGGGCGUACCUCAACUCGCAGCGACUCCGGAACCGUCAGAUGUACUUCCACAAGCAGAUCUUCAAGACCGCUGACGUCAUCGUCUCGCCCAUGACCGGUGUGACUGCCUACACGCUGCAAGACGACGCACUCAACACCGGCGAGCUCGACUACAUAAACGGAGCGGCGCUGGUCCGGUACUCCAUAGCCGGCAACUUCCUGGGCCUGCCGGCGAUCACCGUGAAGGUCGGGUACGACAGGGGCGGCCUCCCCAUCGGGCUGCAGUUCAUCGGCAGGCCGUGGUCCGAGGCCACCCUGCUCCACGUCGCCUUCGCCACGCAGCAGGCCUGCGCCGACGGCUACAAGAAGCCCGCGGUCUUCUACGACCUCCUCACCAAACAACACCAGUGAAAAGCAUGAUCAGCGAUCGCCGCCGCCGGCGAGCCAGAGAGGACGUGUUUUGAUCACAGGCGUAGUGGGAUAUGCCGGCCGGACGAUUCAUCGGAGACGAAGAUUAGAAGAUUCGUAGCUGGAAAACUAGCUUCUUAUUAUAUUAUUAUAUAUAAAUAUUUACUAUCUCUCUAGCGUACAGUACAUGAUCCGAGAGGGGAAGAGAUAGACAGAGUGGAAGUUGAGUCACUAGCUAGCGGUAAAUCAGACUCAGCUGCACAAAAUCCAGUCCGGACACAUACUGUAUUGCGCUGUAACAGUAACGCAGUGAUAUACUAGUAUUUACUAUUACCAUUGUAUAUGUAAUCAUCUUUUCAAGUUGUUUCGUCAUUAUAAAGAAAACAAAA